AUGGAGUUGAUGAAGGAGAGGUUUGCAAAGCUGCUACUGGGAGAGGACAUGUCAGGAGGUGGAAAAGGAGUUUCAUCAGCUCUUGCUCUUUCCAAUGCCAUCACAAAUCUCGCAGCUUCUGUUUUUGGGGAACAACGGAGGCUUGAACCAAUGUCUGUUGAGAGGAAGACAAGAUGGUGGAAAGAAAUUGAGUGGCUUUUAUCUGUAACUGAUCACAUUGUGGAAUUGGUUCCUUCACAACAGGCAACUAAGGAUGGAACAAAUAUGGAGAUAAUGGUGACUCAACAGCGGAGAGAUCUUCACAUGAACAUCCCUGCAUUGCGAAAACUCGACACUAUGCUCAUUGGUUAUCUAGACAACUUUAAAGACCAGAAUGAGUUCUGGUAUGCUUCAAGAGAUGAUAAUGGUGAUGCUCAAAACCAAAAGAACCAGAGGAGGGAUGAUAAAUGGUGGCUGCCAACAGUGAAAGUUCCUCAAGAGGGGCUCUCAGAAAGUACUAGAAAAUGGCUGAAACAUCAGAAAGAGUUGGUGAACCAAGUGUUUAAGGCUGCAAUGACCAUCAAUGCUCAAGUUCUCGCCGAAAUGUCGGUACCUGACACAUACAUUGAAUCUCUUCCAAAGAACGGAAGAUCAAGCCUUGGAGAUGCAUUAUACAAGAGUAUCAAAGCAGACAUGUUCGACCCCGAGCAAUUCUUUUCAUCAAUAGAUUUAUCGACAGAGCACAAAGUCCUUGAUCUAAAGAACCGCAUUGAAGCCUCCACUGUCAUAUGGAAGAAGAAGAUGCACAACAUGGAUGGCAAGUCUUCAUGGGGCUCAAUUGUGAGCCUUGAGAAGAGGGAGCAGUUUGAGGAGAGAGCAGAGACAAUCUUGCUUCUCCUUAAACAGAGGUUCCCUGGCAUCCCCCAAUCAGUACUGGAUAUCAGCAAGAUUCAAUACAACAAAGUAUGA